UACGCCCCCUGAUUAGCAGGCAGAGUGCAAGCUCGUGCUGAUAUUGUCGGGGGGCGGGGUAGCUUGGAGAAAUACCCAGCUUAAAAAUAAUAAUAAUAGUAAUAAUAAACAACACAGCGCGAGUACAGCUGCUUGACGGAGUUCGACGUAAAGAUAUUGUAAUCGACGCUGGCCUCACUUUUGUCCUCCCCUUAUAACUGGGUUCCUUAUGCCAUCGAAUAGGCUGUAGGCCUCAGCCAGCUGUUGGACUGAAUCUUGGCGCCCGAGUAAAGAGUGCAAAUUGCGGCUUUGGGUAUCUACCUGGAGUCGCAGCUCAUGUUCACGCACAUUCGAACUGGAAGAUUUUCUCAUCCAUCUGUCCUGAGAGGAUCCAGAUGAGUGAAUAUGAGCAGUUUGGGAGCCAGUUAUUCAAGUGUGUGAAAGCAGAAGGAUUCCUGAGCCACACCAUGUCCUCCAGGACCCAGUGAUGGACCCAGAAACAUUUUCUCACAUUCGCCUGUGGUGCCCUCGGCCCUUUGGGACUUAUUCCCAAAACAAGGCUUGUGGAGGUGGCACAGUGGGAGGCAGCAGCAGUGGCACUGGUGGUGGAGUUGGUGGCAGUAGUGGUGGUGUCAGUGGCAGCACUCCUGCCCUCCUAAAGAGUCCCAAUGAUCUUGUCCGCAGAGGCCCGCACAACGGGCAGAGUGAGGAAGACUCUGCCUCUGAAAACAUGCCACCACCCCCUCCCUCAUCCAUCACAUCUUCUGGUGGAAAUCAGAUGGAGGAGGGCCGGGUGCUGCUGGAUACUUGGUAUGUUAUCAAGCCUGGAAAUACAAAGGAAAAAAUUGCCUUUUUUGUUGCCCAUCAGUGCAGCGGGGUUGCUCUAGCCCGCCCAAACACAAUGAAAGUCAAAGGAAACUGGAGUACAGAUUGCUCUAAAGCUAAGCGCCGCCGCUGCUCAUCUUAUGACCCCAGCAAAGCUAGGGGGGCUAAUUCACCAGCAAGCAAGGAGAAAGAGGCAGAGGUGGGUGAGACAGAGUGCCUGGACUCUGAGCCAAGUGACACAGAUCUGUUAUCUGUGGCUGAGAUGGUAGCACUAGUGGAACAAAGGACUGCUCUUGCCCUACAAAGUGUUAGUGGACUGGGGUCUUCACACAACCACAGUGGAAUCCGUAGUUCAGCUUCAUCCCAAUCUGCCACCACUCAUGGCCCAAUGGUGUUUUUAUCUAAGGAGGAACCUCCGGUUUCAACCAUAUCAUCCUUUCUUCCAGCAGAACGAAAACCGCGGGUUGCAGAGGCCAUUGCACAUUUUGAGUCUCAACAGCAGCAGUUGGAAAGUGCCCUCUUGAGACGUGCAGGCGUUUCACCAGAGAAGACAUCUGGGGGAGAAACUGGAGGCAAUGGCAGCAGUGGAAGCAGUGGCCCUAGUGGGGAGGUUCGGAUAGCCUUUCGAGUCUCCAGUAUGGAUCUUCGCUCCCAGGCUGAGCCUGGUACUGCCGGUCGUCCCAACUGUAUGUUUCUCAGCUGUGGUGGGAGCAGCCCUAAUGGGGGAGCCAGAGGCAAGGAGAAAAUCACCUGUGACCUCUACCAGCUGGUCAGCCCUUCUUCUAGGGAGACUCUACCCUCCAGUAACAUGGAGUUCUUGCUUGGUGGGGCAGAAACGCGAGUGGAUGCAACCACGGAGCGACCAACUGCCCCUGCUAGCAAAGAGUCCACAGGUGAUGUAGCCUCUGCCGAGAAGAAGAGUACCAGUGACCGUAUGAGAGAGUGUGUAUCUGGCUUUCAUGUUGAGGUGGUUGUGACUGGUGCAGUGGACCAGUGUGUCUUUUAUGGGAAGGACAGCACAGAGAAUGUUAAGGAAGAGACUGUCUGUUUUACUGUCACAUCACCAGCUCCCGACUCCUCCUCCUUCUCAGGUUGUGAAGAGAACCCACCUCCCCCUGGACAGCUCUUCUUCCUCCACACACCGCCCACUCACACUGAGGAGGACGAUGGAAGGGUUGGCCAGAUGCACGGUUCCCUUGAAUGCACCAGCGUUAACAGUGGCGGGGAGCACCUGGAAACUUGCGACUCUCCCUGUACUGGUCCCGAAGGUGACCCCUCGGAUACCUCCUUGUGCCGACUCUACCGCCAUGUCUCCCAUGACUUUCUUGAAAUUCGUUUCAAGAUUCAGCGCUUACUGGAACCCAGACAAUAUAUGUUGCUGCUCCCUGACCACAUCAUGGUGAACAUUUUCAGUUAUUUACCCACUCGCUCACUUGCAGCCCUUAAGUGCACCUGUCAUUACUUCAAAGUGCUUAUCGAAACCUAUGGCAUCCAUGCCACUGAUUCCCUCUGGAACCAGGACCCCUUAUACCGGGACGAUCCCUGCAAGCAAUGCAAAAAGCAUUAUGAGAAAGGGGAUGUGUCACUCUGCCGCUGGCACCCAAAACCUUACCACCACGAUUUGCCUUACGGACGCUCUUAUUGGAUGUGCUGUCGACGUACCGAUAAGGACACACCGGGCUGCCGGGUGGGGCUUCAUGACAACAACUGGGUGCAGCCCUGUGAGCUUGUCCAGACGCGUGCCAGGAGAGAGGAUGGGAGGUGAAACUGGCAAUUGGUGGGCGCAGGCUGUUUAUGGGAUGGAGUGGGACAACCCUCACUGUAAUGAAGCCAUUCAUUGAAUGUUAACUUUAUGGCAGAGGGGUCUGUUUGCGUAUGUGUGUGUGUGUGUGUGUGUGUGUGUGUGUGUGUGUGUCAGAGUGUGCAAGUGUACAUUGUUGUGGUGGGUUUUUUGUUUCUUUUCCUAACACUGGUUUUUGCUUAAUUCUUAAACCCUGUGCCACAACUGGUCUUACCUCCCCUACUGCCAUGCUAAGCAGCACAUCAUUUGAAAUAUGAGUUGGAAGGAAGAAAACAAAAUUGAACCUCUUUUUCUGCUUUUUGUUCCAGCUACUAGGUGCAUUCGUUUGUUCUUCAAUUACAAAUUUUAUUUAUUUAUAUGUUUUCUUUUAAUCAAAUCAUAUUAUCUACUAGACAGGGAGCCAAUGCUCCUUGUGCCAAAUUCAUUUUAGAAAUUGGUGGAUUGUGGCAGCUUUGCUUUUUGGGCUUUGCUUCACAGUCUUGUCACUUGGUCACUUGUGACCCAAGUUUGAUUCUUGGUUUUUUUCCCUUUCUUUUUGUUUUAACUGUGUGGCUUUGUGAAACAGGCUGGAACAAAAAUAAAUAAAAAUAAACUGCCGGCUACAGGCUUGCAAAUUUCCAAAACGUGAAGUGGUUCAUUCAGCGGGUGCCUUGUCCAUCUGGUCAGUCAAAAAGUCCCAAGUCAUUGAUCAGUGAAUUUCAAAUGAAGUUUUUUGUAAACAUGUUUUCUUCAGAUCAUUCAAAUUCACUUGUUUUUGAAAAUUGUAAAAAAAAAAAAAAAUUAUACUUGCUUGCCUCCAAAUGCUUGUGACAGGGGUAAGCAGGGGAUUCAGCACCUCACAAUUUUGCCAUUAUUCUGAUUGCACUAAAUAGAAUGACCAUAGAGAGUCACUUCUCUGGGAUACUUUAAUGCUGAUUGACUCUGCUAACAAGCAGCACUGUCUUUUUGUCAUUUAUACUUGUAAGUUACAAUCACUGUUAUCUGUGUACAGUCAGCACUUUUUUUCCCCCUCUUGCCCAGUGUGUGUUAUAUUGUACAGCCUGUGAAUUAGGCACAGAUGGAUCGGGCACUGCCGCAGUAAAUCCCAUAUUGUGCAUCUUGACAAGCCAGUCUGACCUAUUUGCUUGGCUUUUCACAGGCAGCUAAACCUUUUGGGAUGCUUUGUGGCACUGAAAAACUGUUUUUUACUGCUUUAAAUUCCCCAUUUUUUUCAUUGGCUGGUAAGCAGAGGCAUUUUCUCCUUCACUUUAUUCCUGUCCUUUCUUUUCCUUUUCCCUGUCUCCCAGGUUGAAGUUGAGAUUUGUGUAGCACAUCGCCGAGGGUUUUGUUCAGCUUUAUAGGAAGCUGGCCUUUGACUAGUCACAAUUUGCAAACUCUGGCUUAGAAAUGUCUGGAUUAUUAUUAUUAUUAUUUUUUUUUUUGGAUUUUUUUUUUUAAUUAGUCAUUUUGCUACCCUUUUGAGGAAUCGACUUUAAACCAAGGAGCCGGAUUAGUCUUUUGUGUGUUUUACUUUUUGUCUUUUUUCUUCUUGCGCCAUCUUUUUCCUUCCAGAGGAUUUGUUUUGUUUUGUUAUGCAUAUAAUAAUGUGAAAUAACUUUAUUUGACUUGAUUGAAUUGUGGCUGUUGUGCAUGUGAAUGAUCAAAUGAUAAUGUAGAAAUGGUGCAGCCCAUCACAGAAACUUGUCAAUGAUUUGUGGGUUGGAGAGGAUCGGGGUGGGUCUGUUGAUACGUUGAGUCCUACUUUCCUCUUAACAAGCCUGUUCUUGAGUUGUGGUUGUAUACAGUAGAAUGAACAAGUUUAUUUAUAGUGUUUAAGGGAGGUGGAAGGAAAACAAAGCAAACAACCACAUAUAUGUAUUUGUUAUUUUUACAAUAAAAAAGUUUCCUUUUGUUGCCUUCUGUGAA